AUGGCCAUUUCUAUAGGGCCUCUUCCGAUCUCCCCAGUCUCCUCGAGCCAUUCACCCCCGUCGAGAAAGGAUGAGAUGCUUUCACGAUCAUACUCCGAGCCAAUACCCCUCCCGCGGCGGUUUAGUGUCCUGAAGGAAAGAUUAGUAUCCGGAAAGGAAUCGACACUUGUGCCCUCAUGGCAGCGCCUGAUACAGACCCUCUCGGACGAGGUUGAUCGUGUAUCAUCUUUGGGGUCACAGGCUGUCCCCACCAUCGACUUUUCCAACAUCAAGAACCCCGGGGUGGCCGAGGUCUUCCGGGAAGGCCUUCGACAGAGAGGCGUUGCUAUCAUACGCAAUGUGAUACCACGGGAUACUGCGGAGGACUUGUACCAAGGAGCUAUGGGGUAUCUUGACGAAAAUGCAGAGAAAAGGCCAAGGACUCCUCAGGAAUCUGACCUACAGGAACUGUAUUGGAGUGCAGCUCAGAUCAAGGCAAGGGGACACCCCAAUGUCUUGGAAGCUCAACGUUUUGCCAUGGGGUUAUGGACUUCGAAAGAUCCAAAGGCGCGGGUGACCACGAAUUUCCCGAUCACUUAUGCCGACCGAAUCAGGACAGGUCAAAAGACGGCAGACACGAGGUCCCCCGCGGCAGCUCAUAUUGAUGGCGGCAGUGUGGAAAGAUGGGAGACGGACGGGUAUGGAAGGGCAGGCACCUACAAUGAGAUAUUCCAGGGGCAAUGGGAAGAUUACAACCCAUGGGAGAGCAGCACCCGUCUGACAGUAACCUCGGACCUCUACCACAAAGCCGGCGCAUGCUCCAUCUUCAGGAUGUACCAAGGCUGGCUCGCCUUAUCCCCGGGGCCCUCCUCCAUGCGCGUCUGUCCUUUGCUCAAGCACGCAACAGCUUACUUCCUCCUCCGCCCUUUCUUCUCCCCCUCUUCUUCUUCCUCCUCCUCCCCGGAAUCAGAAAACUGGGCAUUCACACCCACAAACUCCAUCCUCCACGGCGCCCUCCCCUCCUACGCCCAGGAAAUAAACUCGUCCAUCCACCCCCACCUCCAGCUCCGCCGCUCCCUAAUCGACAUCCCCGACCUCUCCCCAGGCGACUACCUAAUCUGGCACCCCGACCUCAUCCACUCCAUCACCUCUUCCUCCCCCACCCCCUCAGCAAGCGUGAUGUACCUCCCCUGCGUGCCCCUAACCCAAACAAACGCCCUCUACCUCUCCCGCCAGCGGAAAUCUUUUCUCCUCGGCUGCCCCGGCCCAGAUUUCUUUGACGGGUGCGGCUACGGGAGCGGUCACGGCAGGGGAGAAGCACACUACAUUGGCCGUCCAGGCGUCCAAGAAAUAAGCGACGCCGGCGGGGAGGAAGGGCUUCGGGCGAUGGGCCUGCUGCCUUGGGACGAGGAGGAGGCGGAUACGGAUUUUGAGAGGGAGGUGCUCGCCAUGGCGAACGGGAUCUUGUUCCCCGACUUGUAUGACAUGUAUUGA